AUGAAGCACAUAGUACUGUUAAGUUUCUUUAUUAUAAGUUUUUUUUGUUUAAGCAAUGUUAAAUGUACGAAAGAUCUACUAACGCCUCAGGGAGAAGCAGUUAGUCCUUUAACCCCUCUGAACAAGUUUGAUAAGUACUUUUUACGCAUGUAUAAUAAAUCGAAAAGAUUACAGCAAAAUGAAUCGACUUUUAUAAAUGGUAUUAACAUGAAAAGUACAGUAUUUGUUUUGUACUUCUUUGCAAAAUGGUGUCACGCUUGUAAAAUGCAAGGAGGUGAAAUGGAAAAACUUGAAAAGUAUUACGGUAAACGCAUAUAUGUGGUGAAGAUUGACAUUGAUCAGAAUGAUUCGAUGGCAAGAAAAUUUUCAAUAAAAUCCUUACCAACAAUAGUUGUAAUGAAAAAUAAAAGUGUAUUAGCAAGGAAAGAACAUUACGUUACUAGUAAUGACUUAAUUACUUUAAUUAGAAAGCAUUUGUAA